AUGAUUCUGAAUAAUAAUGGUCUAGAAAUUGAGACCGUCGUGGAAGCCACUUGUAGAUUCAGCGCAGUCCAAGAGUUAUUGUCGAGAGCGCGCAUUGGGAUGCUCGGCGCGGCGCGCUUCGUGCGGCAGCGUGGCGCGCUAGAAAGGUGGACGUGCUCGCCCGUGCGAACGCUUCGCUUCCAUGCUCGCCUGGUACCUGCAGAGCUACUGGAAUACUUGGAAAAUGUGUCCGAACACGUUGUUCAGCGAACAUUCUCGACUUUGGCUGCUGAUGACCUUCGAAGCCAGCUAGCGGUGAAGAAAAGGGGGGGCGCGUGUCACGUAGCUAUCAGAUCGCCGCCUGGCGCCGCCCGCGAUGACUCUCAUGCAAAUCGCAUUUAA